GGUGUGGCUAUCUUUUGGAUGGAGAGGGCGGUCGUCGCAUCUACUUUAACAGUUGUUUUUUUUCUCCUCUAGAUCUCUGGUUACACAAAAUUCUAUGAUCUGACACCAAACAUCAGGUGGGGGCCUAUGACUACGACUGGGAAAGAGUUUCAUAUACGGACAACACUAAUCUUCCCAUUUUAUCAACCAUCAGAAAGUGAUAACAAGUCCUAAAAAUUGAAAAUUUAAUAGCUGAGAAAAUUCUGAAGCAUUUUCUUAGACAUGUUAGAAAACACUUUUUGAGACAACUCUCUGACACUCACAGAGGCAUCAAGUGUUGUCCGUAUACUGUGUUUUACCAAGGAGUGCUGCAGGAUUUUGACAGUCAGCUGGGACGUUGCAAUGGAAGUCCACAUUUCCUUACUGGCGUUAACCUUGGCGGUUUGCUUCCAGUGGACCGGAGCAGAAACCAGGAUCGACCUGGGUGGGACAUGGUCACUCACCAAUGCAAAUAAAAGUAUCACGGUGCCUGCCACUGUGCCUGGGGGUGUGUACACAGCCUUGAUGGCGGCCAAGAAGAUCGAUGAACCGUACAUGGAAAGUAACGAUGUCAAUUAUCGUUGGGUGGCAAACAACAACUGGACCUUCUCGAGGAAGUUCAACCUAACAAAGGAGCAACUGGCUCUCAAAAAUGUUUUGCUCAUCUGCGAGGGCCUGGACACCAUUUCAAUGGUCACAAUCAAUGGCAAGUCAGUUGGGAAGUCUGAAAACAUGUUCAUCCGCUACGAGUUUAACGUGAAAAAUGUCCUCAAAGAGGGGACCAACACAAUUUCUGUGGCCUUCAGCUCAGCUGUGAAGUACGCGCAGAGCCAGUGGAAAGCCCACACGGCCUACGACGUCCCCCCGGACUGCCCCCCUGAUGUCCAGCACGGCAUAUGCCACCCCAACUUCAUCCGCAAGGAGCAGUCUUCCUUUGGAUGGGACUGGGGGCCCGCAUUUGCCCCUCAAGCCAUCUGGAAGAACAUUCGUAUUGAGACUUUUGACUGUGCUGUCAUAAGAGAUGUUGUCGCCACAGCUGUUCCGUGGAACAAGAAAUUCUAUGUUCGGCCGUGGUCCAUCAACAUCACCAUUCAUUUUGAACUCGGUUCAAAUGCUGCAUGCAAGGGCACCCUUACGGCCGGUUUCCCACAGCUCAGUGUCUCAAAGACGACACCUGUUGCUCUAACAAAACAAGAGACUACCGCAUCCAUGCAGUUUCAAGUACAGAAUGCAGAGACAUGGUGGCCGGCAGGGUUUGGAACUCAGCCCCUCUACGAUCUCAACAUCCGUUUUGAAAGCAGCGACAAGCCUACAGAAAACUCCACCAAGUCACUCAAGUUUGGCUUCCGUUACGUUGAGCUGGUGCAAACAGAGGUCCCAAAUUCAAAAGGCCUGUCCUUCUACUUCAAGAUCAACACUCUCCCCGUCUUCAUCAAGGGGGCCAACUGGAUCCCUGCGGACGCCUUCCAGGAGCGCAUCGGCCGCGACCACCUUGCCAACUUGCUGCAGUCCCUGGUGGAUGCCAACAUGCAUGCCACCAGGGUCUGGGGCGGCGGGGUGUACGAGCAGGACGCGUUCUAUGAGAUCUGCGACCAGCUUGGCAUCCUGGUGUGGCAGGACCUCCAGUUUGCCUGUGCCAUGUACCCAGUCGGUGCGGCCUUUCUGAGCAGUGUGACAGAGGAAGUCGUCCAACAGGUGAGACGUUUAUCAAGCCAUCCAUCGGUCAUUGCCUGGAGUGCAAACAACGAAAACGAAGUUGCCCUGAGACAGAACUGGUAUGGAACAGCAAAGAAUUUCAGCCUUUACCAGAAGGACUAUGUCACCCUGUAUGUCAACACCAUCCUGAAGGCGCUGAACGAAGAAAACGCCAUCUUGCCGUCUGUCAGCUCCAGUCCUUCCAAUGGCCCCGAGUCACAGAAAGAAGGAUGGGUUGCCAAGGACCCAACUGAUCCUCACUACGGCGACGUUCAUUACUACAAUUAUGCUGCUGACUGCUGGGAUGUCUCAGUGUACCCCAAGCCCCGGUUUGCCUCGGAGUACGGCUUCCAGUCCUGGCCCUCGUUUGACACACUGAGGCCAGUUUCCAAGGAGGGAGACUGGGCACUCAACAGCAGCUUCAGUGAGCACCGCCAACAUCAUGCAAAUGGAAACAAGCAGAUGAUGAUGCAGAUCCAGCGGCAUUUUAAAGACAGCACCUCCGCAAACGCAACCCAGAAAUUCAUCGACAGGAUAUAUCUGACCCAGAUAUCACAAGCUCUGUGCUACAAGUUUGAGACGGAACACUACCGCCGUCUGCAGUCGACCAUUGUGGCCGGGGAAGGGAUGACGAUGGGAGCUGUGUACUGGCAGCUGAAUGACAUAUGGCAGGCUCCAUCCUGGGCAUCUAUCGAGUAUGGCGGCAAAUGGAAGAUGCUCCAUUACUACGCCAAGGACUUCUUUGCGCCCCUUCUCGCCUCCGGCGUGGAAGAUGACAAGGGGGUGCUGUCGGUGUACGUCAUCACUGAUUCAGAGAGGAUCCUCCAGGGCUUGUUGAAUGUCACCGUCUGGGCCUGGGCUAGCCAGACGCCCCUGCGGUCAGUCACCAAACAAUUCCAGCAGUUUGCCCAGAGUGCAAAGCCUGUCUUAGUGCAGAAAAUGACAGAGAUACUGUCCCCAAACUGCCCCAAGCGGGAGGCUUGUUACCUCACUUUCCAAGUCACCGGUACCCAGCCUCGUCUGACGUCACCAGUCAACCCCUUCUACUUGUCAUCAUUCAAGGAUGCGGAGGGGAUCAAGCAAGCACACAUCAAGUUUGAAGUCUCCAAAGGUGCCAAUGACACGUUCAACAUCCGGCUGAUGAGCGACACCACUGCUCCCUUUGUUUGGUUAGAUGCCCACAGCAUCCGCGGGCGCUUCUCCAACAACGGUUUCCUCAUGAACCAGAAGCAGCGCAUGGAGGUGUUUCACAGCUGGGAAUCGACGACGUUGGGUGCUUUGACGAAAGUGCUGACCGUAUCUUCUCUAAUGGAUAUUUACUUAGACUAGAAAGACUUCACUCAGACAUAGCUAAAACAAAGCUAAGCUAAGAGAACUAAAUUAAAGUGGACAUUAUUAAAUGAGAAACUUAUCUUGGCUGUACAAUUUUAGUGAUAAAUUUUAGCAAGCGAGCCCAGUAAAAACAAUUAGUUUGACUACUGGACUUUAAAAAACAAGUCUUUGGGACUGUAAAUCAGUAUUGUGAGCAGCAGCUGAUCAAGUUGAUGGAUUAUUUUUGAAAAUAAUCCUUUCAUUUUGAUGUAUUUGGCAAUGAGCUGAUGUAAAGGGCUUGGGGUUUUUUCCCCUGUAAUUUCUAAACGAACUUGAACAAAAAGCCUCAGUUACAACAGGAAGUUGUGGAACCAGCACGUCUCUGAAAUUCGUCCCUCGUCACUGAAUCCCUUUUCUGCAGGAUGUCAGGAAAUGUUGAUGGUGUCAGUUAGGAUAUCUUGCGGACAUGAUGUUUUUACCUGCUGGGAAUUUCACGUGGAUGGGUGCUUUCAUCAUAGACACUUACCAGUGUUCAAGUUUCUAAUGAUGUGCCUUUAGUAAUUUUUUCAGGUUUUUUGAUUUGGAAACUCUUUUUUCUGCAUUCAGACUUCUCCCUUACCUGAGGAGAGUUGUAAUAACAGAGCAGAAAUAACAGAGCAGAAAUCUUGUAUAUAUAUAUACACCGGGGCCAGUCCGCGGGGUGCAUGCAGUCAUCACUGACUGCUGGCAGUUUCUGCUAAUAAUUAAACUUGAUGCACGUUGCAGCAACCUGGUUAAGUUAAAUCACUGAUACGUUGAAAGUAUUUAAAAGUGAAAUAGGAAUUGUAAUACAUGUAUUAAAUUUUUAUUGAA